AUGACGAAUAAUAGUUUUGAUGAAGUUAAAAUUCAAUUUGAAAAGUUUCUAUUUCUAAUUCGAAAUGUUUUAACAUCAGAAAAUGAAAUAAAUAUUAUUCAAAACAAACUUCGACGUCAUUUUAAUACAACAACAUCUGAUUAUUUAUGUUCAAAUGAAUUUAUAUCAUCACUUAAUCAUAUUCAAAAUAUAUUUGUUGAAAAUAAAAAAUCAGCAAAAUAUUUUACUCUAUUAGCUUCAUUUGAUGAACAACUCAAAAAACAUUCUAUUAAAUUAUCAAGGUUGAAUUCAUUGCCAACUCACGUUUCUGAAUGUUUACCCUCCGUGACUACUACUAUUGAAACUGUCUCAGUAGUAAAUAACAGAGUUACAACAACACUUCCUUCAUAUUCAUCAAAAUCUACUAUUGAAUAUGAAACAUCAAUAACAGAUGUACAAGAAACAAUUGAUCAUCUUGUAGAAAAAUGUUGCAAAAUUUUAUCAAAAACAACUUCUAGUGAUAAAAUGAUAUCAAUUCCUACUCAUUCAAAUAAAGAUUCAAAACAUCAACGAAAAAUAAUUAAAUUAGAACGUCGAUUACAUCGUUUAUCAAGAAUUAUACGUGAAUUAGAAGAAAAAGAUAUGUCACUUGAUGAAAUGGCUCAUUGUGAUUUAUAUAUUGUUGAAUCAAAUUUAAAAAAACAAGCAUGUGAUAUUCAUGAUAAACUUGCUGAACUUAAAAAUCAAUCAUCAUCGAUUGAAAGAAUUAUUCAUCAACCAAUUACUCUCAAUGAAUCUGAUAUUGGUCAUCCAUUACUAAACAAACAUCUACAAGAAAUGGUUAAUCAAUCAAAACAUUUUCCUUCAUUUAGUGAUGUUCUUGAUACAAUUGAAAAAGCAAAUAAUACAUAUAAACUUCAUCUUAAUGAAGAAGCUCAAAAAAAAAUUGCUGAAAAAUCUUUUAAAAUCAUUGGUAAACAAAUUAAAAAUCGACGAAUGGCUGAUUUUCAGGAUAUUAUGUACAGUCGUCUUCCAGAAGAUUUUAAUGUUGAAAGAGAUGAUCCAGCAUUAAUUGAUGUUGAAAUUGAAAAAGUUUUAUCGGAAAAUAAUCGUGAAGCUGUUAUUAAAACUGAGAAAAUUCUUGAAGAAUUUUCUCAAAUUGAACCUGAUCCAGAAGCUGAAAUCAAUAUUGAAUCAACUGAAGAAGAAUCAGCAAAUGAAAAAGAUGAAUCAGAAGAUGAAAAUAAUGAACAAAACGAAUCAUCAAUUGAAAACAACGAACACCAAGAAUCACAAACAAUCAUAGAAUCUCAUGAUAUACAAUAUGAUGUUGUGGAUCUAGUUGCACCAUUAUCACCAGAACCCAUAAUUCAAAAUCUACCAGAAUCAAAUUCUAUUGAAACAACACUUGAAAUAUCACUUAAUGAUCGUGCAUUAACAAUUUUAUCAACAGCUUCAUUACCUAUUAAAAGAACAACACAUUAUCGAGAAUCAGCUGUUCAUAACGAUAUUCAAUCAUCAUCAAUCAUUCAAAAAGAUAGUCAUGUUGAAACAUUAAUACCACGACGUAAACAAGAUGUACUUGGUAAUGAAAUUAUAUAUAGUCUUUAUAAACAACGAUUGACAAAUAAAGUUUCAACUGUAUCGACACCAGUAGCUAAUAAAAGACAAACAACAAUAAAUAACGAAUAUUCAAAUAAAAAAGAAAACAAAGUGUUUAACAAAACUUCAUCAAAACGUGUCGAAUCACCGACAACAACAUCAUCAUCAUCAUCAUUGUCUGUCGAAUCAGAUCCUCAAUAUUUUUUUCUUAUUCGACAUGGAAUCUAUUUGUCAACAAGUUGUAAAGAUGAUGGUCUUAUUGAACUUGGUAGAAAACAGGCAUGUGCAGCAGCUGAAACAAUUGAUGUACUUGCACAUUCAAUAGAAAAAUCUUCAAAUAAAACAUCACGUAUUCUAUUUACAGAUUUAAUUCAAUCAGGUUAUAAACGUGCUUGUCAAACAGGUUUAAUAACAGGUCAUCGUCUUGAAGAAAUGCAAAGACUUGAACAAUCAUUUAAUAUUAUUUAUAAACGUUUUAAAUGUUGGAGUGAAAUACAUUCAAUUGAAUGUUUUCGAGAACGUUGGAAAAAAAUUCAACGUUUAUUUUUUUCUACAUCAUCUAAUCAUAAUUUAUCAUCAAAAAAUUAUGUUAUCUUUUCGCAUGGAAAUCUUCUUAGUAGUAUUAUUAAUUAUCUUAUGUCAGGUGCAUCAUGGAAUCAAUGGCAAUUUGGUAAUAUAGCUCCACAUUGUUCUGUAUCUGUUUUAUCAUAUAAAUCUGGAGAUUUAUUACCACAAAUUAUUUUAAAACCUUUUCAAAUCUAUAAUCAAUCUUUACCAAUAACAAUUAAUAAUGUUAAUCCAAAAAAAAUGCGAUUAAAAGAAAUUAUAACAAAUGGAAUAAUUAAUGAACAAAUUUGGACAUUAAUUAUUAAUACAAUUAUUCCAGAACGUGUCGUUGGUUCAUAUACAGAUCAAAUUUCAAUUAUUUCUAAAUUUAUUCCAGAUAAUGAAGACGAAGCAUGUCAUAUAUUAUUUAUUUUUAAACAAUAUUAUUCACAAAUAAUGACAAAUAAAGAAAAAUUAUGUAUUAUAGAUACAAAUUUAGAUAGUGAUAAUGAAGAAGAAGAUGAUAAUGAUGAAGAAGAAAAUGAUGAUUGA